AUGGCCGGCUACGACAACCCUACACAGAUCUUUGCCGACUCAGCAACAGAAGAAAAGGGCGAGAAUGCACGAUUGUCGGCAUUCGUCGGAGCCAUCGCAGUGGGCGACCUCGUCAAAUCCACACUGGGCCCCAAGGGAAUGGACAAAAUCCUCCAGAGCGCGUCAACAGGGGAGAUUAUGGUGACAAACGAUGGAGCUACAAUCCUGAAGAGUAUUGCAUUGGACAAUGCUGCGGCGAAAGUCCUGGUGAACAUUUCCAAGGUGCAAGACGACGAGGUCGGCGAUGGCACCACCUCCGUCACAGUUCUUGCAGCCGAACUGUUAAGAGAAGCAGAGCAACUGGUCAACAAACACAUCCACCCGCAAACCAUUAUUGAAGGCUUCCGGCUCGCCAGCGCGGCGGCCCUGUCAGCACUCGAGAAAGCCGCAGUCGACAACAGCAAGUCGCCCGAGCUGUUCAAGAAAGAUCUCCUCAGCAUCGCACGCACAACGCUCUCCUCGAAAGUCCUCGCCCAAGACCGCGACCAGUUCGCCAACCUCGCCGUCACUGCAAUCCAGCGCCUCAAGGGCAGUAUCGACCUCAACCACAUCCAGAUCAUAAAGAAAUCCGGCGGCAAACUCAGCGACAGCUACCUCGACGAAGGCUUCAUCCUCGACAAGCGGGUGGGCGUCAACCAGCCGAAACGGCUUGAGAACGCCAAGAUCCUCGUCGCCAACACGGCGAUGGACACAGACAAGGUGAAGAUCUGGGCUGCGCGCAUGAAGGUCAGCAGCCCGAAAGAGCUGGCCGAGCUGGAAAAGGCGGAACGCGAAAAGAUGAAGCAGAAGGUCGAGCGCAUCAAGGCGCACGGCAUCAACUGCUUCAUCAACAGACAGCUCAUCUACAACUGGCCGGAGCAGCUGUUCACCGAAGCGGGGAUCAUGAGCAUCGAGCACGCCGACUUUGACGGCGUGGAGCGUCUCGCACUGGUCACAGGCGGCGAAAUCGCAUCGACAUUCGACCAUCCCGAAUCCGUGAAACUAGGGCAAUGCAAUCUGAUCGAAGAGGUCAUUAUUGGCGAGGACACGCUAAUCAAAUUUUCCGGCGUGGCCGCAGGAGAGGCCUGCACUAUCGUCCUGCGCGGCGCGACGGAACAACUCCUCGACGAAGCAGAGCGAUCGCUGCACGACGCGCUCGCCGUGCUAAGCCAAACGGUCAAGGAGCCCCGCGUCGUGCUGGGAGGCGGCUGCGCCGAGAUGGUCAUGGCCAAGGCCGUCGACUCGCUGUCCAACAAAGUCCCCGGCAAGAAACGUCUGGCCAUCGACUCCUUCGCCACCGCGCUGCGUCAGCUGCCCACCAUCCUCGCCGACAACGCGGGUCUCGACUCGUCCGCCCUCGUCUCGGAGCUUCGAUCAGAAGUCUACCGCGGCAUGACGACCAGCGGUCUGGACCUGCUGACCCCCGGCGGUGGCAUCGCCGACAUGCGCGAUUUGGGUGUUAUCGAAAGCUACAAAUUAAAGAAAGCCGUCGUGGGCAGCGCCAGCGAGGCCGCCGAGCUGUUAUUACGGGUCGACAAUAUCAUCCGCUCGGCCCCGAGGAGGAGGGAACGCAUGUAA